CGAAAAAAAGGAGACCAAUAAAGUUUUGAACGCACAAAAAUCCUUAUGCUGGCUUUCCAUUGAAAGAGAAUUUAAUUCCGUUACCGGUGUACGGAAGCGAUCAGCCAAACAAUUGAAACAAUGUUAUGACAACAUGAAAAAAAGACUGAAAGCGAAAAAUAGCAAUGAAACUUUACUCUCUGCUAGAAAUGGAAACAUAAGGUCUGACCAAACACUUUUUGAGAGUGCCGUUUUAGAAUUGGAUGUUCUUAACGUGCCUGUGCCGGACAGUGACAACUAUGACUCGGAGAGCUGUUUUGUUUUGCCUGAUAAUAAUACAUUUGAAAGAUCAAAAGAGACAGCUGUUGAAGCUUUAACUGAGCCAUUCAACGAUGAAACAGACAUUGACAUAAAACCAACUCUAGCAACAGAUGGAUCAAUCAUUUUGGCUCCUCCUGAAUUGCCACAGUUGACUAAUAAAUCAACUUCAAUACCUCCGAAAAGGUGUGGUUUCUAUAAACAGUCCGUGUGGAGAAGAAAAGAACCAAUAGCCACAGCUAGAACUUCCAGUGCCGUUGAGACUUGUACAGCGCAAGAAGACUAUUACAAAGAAAAACUAAAGCUUGAAAGGGAAGAGCAUGAACUCAGGAAAUGCUUAUUAUUAGAGAAAAUUAAGUUUAUGCAGAACUUGAAUAAUUCAGUUGAAAAGCAUCCCGAGAAAAAUACGUUUUAUUUAAGUGAAAGUUUAUAA